UGUUAGCAACACAGCUGUAGCAGCUAAAAUCUCCCCUGCCGAGUCUCUAGCUUCACUGCAGAUCAGGACUAAGGAGAUAAUGGAUGUUUCAAGUCCCAGUGCUGAAGCUUCAUCAAUGGCGGCCAGUUCCAAGCUGUUCUGCUGUAGAUCUGUAAGGCGUUGCAUCCCUCUGGUAUAUAGAGAAGAGCUCUACCACAUUCUGUGCAUGACUGGACCCCUGGUUGCAUCGCGCAUUCUGAAUUAUCUUCUACCAUUUGUUAUAACAAUGUUUUGUGGUCGCCUGGGAAACAGUGUGCUGGCUGGUUAUGGAAUGGCAUCAGCUACGAUAAACAUAACAACAGCAGCUACAGGUGGAGGGCUUGCACUGGCGGCUGACACCCUUAUCUCUCAGACCUUUGGUGGAAAAAAUCUGCUACGUGUUGGUGUCAUCCUGCAAAGAAGUGUCCUGAUCCUCCUGCUCUUCUGUCUGCCCUGUUGGGCUCUACUCAUCAACACCCAACCCAUCCUUCUCUUGCUGGGUCAAGACCCAGAGGUGGCUAGGAUAGCUCAACUCUAUGUGGUUUCUUACUUGCCAGCAGUCCCUGCUAUGUUUUUGCAUCAGUUGCAAGUAGCCUAUCUCCAGAACCAGGGUGUGAUUCUGCCUCAGAUGUAUGCAGCCAUUGCAGCCAACAUUGCCAAUGUGGUGACAAACUACAUCCUUCUCAGCUGGUUGGACCUUGGCUUAUAUGGAUCGGCUGCUGCCAAUACCAUCUCUCAGAUCUAUAUUUGUGUUUUUCUCUAUGUGUACAUUCGCUGGAAGAAACUGCACAUUGACACAUGGGGAGGCUGGUCAUGUGAUUCACUUCAGGAGUGGGAUGGAUACAUGAAGCUGGCCAUCCCUAGUACCAUGAUGUUCUGUUUUGAGUGGUGGAUUUAUGAGGUUGGAGGUUUCUUAGCAGGCAUGCUGAGUGAGUUGGAUCUAGCAGCUCAACAUGCAGUCAUUAUGCUGGCUCUCAUAAACUACAUGUUUCCAUUAGGCAUUCAAGGUGCAGCAUGUGUACAUGUAGGUAAUGCGCUUGGAGCUGGAGAUACUGCUGGAGCAAUCCGUACCAGCAAGGUGUCCCUCACCUGCACAGCUGUAUUGGCUGUUUUGCAGGGUCUUGUGCUUGUGUCAACAAAAACAGUGAUUGGUUUCUUGUUUACUUCAGACAGACAGAUCGUGGCACUCGUUUCCAAACUCUUAAAUGUCUACUGCGUACUCCAGUUCUUUGAUGGUCUUGUUUGUGUCAGCAUGGGUAUUCUCUUGGGUUCUGGGCAGCAGAAGAUUGCAGCUGUAGCUAAUUUCUUUGGGUAUUACUGUAUUGGACUUCCACUCGGCAUCUCUCUCAUGUUUGCUGCAAAAUUAGAUGUUGUAGGCUUUUGGCUCGGACUUCUCAUCUGUGUGUGUGUGCAGUCCAGUUUUUUCAUCGGAGUCAUUUUUAGGCUUAACUGGGAGAGAGUGACCAAAAAGGCAGUGGAACGAGCUGGAAAGAGUAAAGUUUCUGCAGUGACAACUCCUGAUAGUGUUACAAAUGACCUGAUCUGUCCUGUUGGUCCUACAUUGAGACUCAGUGAGAAUGGGGAUGAGUAUAUGGUUGUGAGCUCUCGAGAUCAGGAGGUGGGACACAACAUUACUGUGGUACAAGAGGAGGAAAAGCCCCCAGUGCUGCUCUCUACCUCUCAGCUCAUCCUCAGGAGGGGUCUGAUCACCAUCACUGCUGUUCUUAUCCUAGCUGUUGGGAUAGCUGUUCAUCUCAUUGUGCCUUUGCCAGAUGUGUCUUACAGUGCAGUUGCAAACUUAACUUUGGACUCAAACUUAACCACAACUUCCCCUCUCAUCCAUUCAACAUAUAUGUCCAUUUGAAACCAGUUGUUUGAUGUUUAUAGUUAAUGCAUUAAAUGUUGCAUGGUCAUGAAUUGUUUUUUUAAUCAACAUCAAGAUUCUACACUGAAACAAUUAUUUUGUGGUGAAAUAAAUAUAAGUUAGUUUUAGCUUGAACUUGAAAACAUUAAGUAAAUUCUACAUUUGUACUUAAAUUCAAACAUGUAAAAAUGAAUGCUCUAGCUUAUAAGUAAAAUUACGAAUGAUUGUUUGUUAUCUUUAUGGUGCAUCAUCAUGUACCAAUCCUAAAGUAGAAAACCUUUACAUUUCACAGGUAAAUAAAAUAAGUAAAUUUUAUUUAACUUUUUGAAGCUGGUGUUCUGGGCUUGAAUAAUUAAUGAGCUUGCAUGGUUUCACUGUUUGCAAGUUUAUAUACCCCAUUUUUAUUACUGAUUUUGCUGUUAUUUUUGGUAAUUUCUUGUUUUGUGAAAUCUGAAAAUCAUUUUCUACUUAAAAUUACCUAUUCAUGGUAAAAAAAAUUUUUUUAUUGUUACUGUUUUCAUGUUUUGUGCACCAAGUGUUGAGGUCUGCGUGCGCAGCCCUGUGUUUUGUUUCUUUUGCCUUCAAUGCUUGGUUAUGAUGUUUGAUAAGAUUACGUAGCAUGUAUUACACAGCCUCUAGUGGAAGGCUUCUGUAUGUCAUAUGAUACAUGGUUAAACAUGUGUUUAUAAGGAAAGUUCAAAAUGUGAAAUGCUCCAAUAAGAAGUUUAUUUAAAUUUUACUACAUGUACAUUAGAUUAAGUAAAAGUUACUGUAUUAAUUGAAAUGUGUAAGUUCAAUUUACUUACUUUAAUCAAUAUUAUGUCAUAAAGUUGUACUUAAUUUUACUAGUCAUUGUUUUUCUAGUGUAGGUAAAAAAAAUUAUAUGAAUGCAUAUUUUAGCUGUUGUAAUUGUUCACCAUUUUGUUUUUCUUUAAAAAAAAAAAAAAAUUUCCUUCACUUCUUCAUUUUAAGUCCUCUAGUGUGCCAUACAUUUUCUAAUGUUAUAGAUAAUUUUAUUUGAAAACCUGCAGCUAGAGUCUUAGUGGAAAUACUGUUAUGCUUUUAUGUACAUUUUUUAUUGUCACAUUAUUAUUAACAGCUGAUGAUGAUGCCUUUGACUGUCAUGUUUGACAUUAUCUUGGCGACAAGGACGAAAUGGUCUGUUAUGUCUUAACUUUUUGCCUGGUGAUUUGUGGUGCAGAAAGUAAUUUUUGUGGUCACCUUGAAUGAUGCAAACCCUGUCUACUGUUUGAGUUCUGCAGUGAAGUAAAAUAAAUAUUCAAAAAUCAGGGACUUUUUAAAAAAAAUUUUUUUUACAUUUUACACACAUCUUCUGGCACACAAAGCCUUUAGCACUGAAUCUUUUGUAAACAUCUUACAAUUACAGAUAGCAUUUGCAGUAUAUUAGUCUAUCUGAGUCAUAUUUUACAUUAAUCAGGCUGUGUGUGUGUGUGUGUGUGUGUGUGUGUACCCACUAGGAUAGUCAAACCUGAGAUCACCUACCUUGCAGGGCCCAGCCAGCGGUCACCACAAGGGAAACGGCUUAUUAAACAUACUAAAUAAUGUUUUUUUUUGUUUGUUUUUUUUGAGAAUUUUGAGAAUUUUAAAAUGCAAAAAGGUUUUCUGUGAGGGGUAGGGUUAGGGGAUAGAAAUUAUCGUUAGAUCUGUAUAAAAUCCAUGUAAGUCUAUGGAGAGUCCCCACAAUGAUAUAAAAAUAUAGUGUGUGUGUGUAAUUAAAGGUAUAAAUAUAAAAUGCAGAAAAUUAACAAUGUUGAAUAAAAUUGUCUUCUAAUGACAAAUAAAUGUCCAGAGAUUGUCUUAUUGAGCAAGAAAAAAUUUAUUUCUUU